CUCCGCCGAGCCUCCUUAAAACUCUGCCGUUAAAAUGGGGGCGGGUUUUUCAACUCAAAAAGCGCUCAAUUUUUUUCUUUUCAAAAAAAGCUGAUGAGGUCGGAAAAAAGGGAGAAGAAACCGGCAUCAUCUCUGAGAGGCAACAGAAGCAGCAAUUGUUUCAGCGAAAAAAGCAGCAAGGGAGGGAGGGAAGGAAAAAAAGCAAAAAAAGUGGCGACGCGCAAGUGCCUAUAGGGGUGAAGGGAGCAGGGACCCGCGAUCUAGGAGGGGAUCAGCUACAAAAGAAACUGUCACUGGGAGCGGUGCGGCCAGGGAGGAAGCAGUGCUGCCAGGCUCGUCUCCAGGGUACAGCUGGCUGGCGGCUGCCCUGUCCGCAGCAAAGGGGCACAGGCCAGGGACCGCGAGAGGUUGGCGAAGUGGCACCGGGCGCUGAAGCUGCUGAGCUCUCACCGAGACGGCGACGGGACUGGCUGCGUUCUGGAACUGUGGCGACUACCCCUACUCGGAACUUGGCCUACGCUUUCCCGGACUCUCCCCAUCUCCGGAGACCUCACAAAACCGGGAAAGGACGGCGACGGCGGCAGUUCAAUGAAUGCCUACAGCGGAAAGCCUGAACGAGCUCGGUCGUAGGCGGGAAGUUCCCGGGGGGCUGCCCAGUGCAGCCGCAAUGCUGCCGCGAGCUGCCCCAGCAGCCAGGGCUCCUUAGACGCUUCCCGCAUCGCUCUCCUCCUCCCUUAGGCUGCCGGGAGUCCCGGGACCUGGCGGGGCCGGCAUGACGGGCUUCUCGGGGACCCGCCGCAAGCCCGGCAGCCUCCGGAGACGCGCGCCGAGCCCGGCUCCCACGGCCUCUGAGGCUCGGCGGGGCUGCGGCUGCCUGGCGGGCGAGCUCCAGAGCUUUCCUGAGCGGCAUUAGCUCACUGCUUGGCCCGGAGGCGACUAAAGGCUUUUCUGGAGAAGCCCAGAGCACUGGGCAGUCGUUACGACCUGUAACUUGAGGGCCACGGAACUGCUACUCCCGUUCGCCUUUGGCGAUCAUCUUUUAACCCCCCGGAGCACGUCAGCAUCCAGCCACCGCGGCGCUCUCCCAGCAGCGGAGGACCCAGGACUACCCCUUCGGCGAGACGGAUGGAAACCGAGCCCCCUGGAGGACCUGCCCCUGCAGUUCUGCCGCACACGGCUCAAGUCACCACCGUGAACAAGGGACCCUAAAGAAUGGCCGAGCCUUGGGGGAACGAGUUGGCGUCCGCAGCUGCCAGGGGGGACCUAGAGCAACUUACUAGUUUGUUGCAAAAUAAUGUAAACGUCAAUGCACAAAAUGGAUUUGGAAGGACUGCGCUGCAGGUUAUGAAACUUGGAAAUCCCGAGAUUGCCAGGAGACUACUACUGAGAGGUGCUAAUCCUGAUUUGAAAGACCGAACUGGCUUCGCUGUCAUUCAUGAUGCGGCCAGAGCAGGUUUCCUGGACACUUUACAGACUUUACUGGAGUUUCAAGCUGAUGUUAACAUCGAGGAUAAUGAAGGGAACCUGCCCUUGCACUUGGCUGCCAAAGAAGGCCACCUCCCGGUGGUGGAGUUCCUGGUGAAGCACACGGCCAGCAAUGUGGGGCAUCGGAACCAUAAGGGGGACACCGCCUGCGAUUUGGCCAGGCUCUAUGGGAGAAAUGAGGUUGUUAGCCUGAUGCAGGCAAAUGGGGCUGGGGGAGCCAUAAAUCUUCAAUAAAUGUGGGGAGGGCUCCCCCACAUUGCCUCUACUUUAUCAAUUAAUUGGGUGGCUAUCCUGACUUUUAAUGUCAUUUGUUAAAAUACAGUUCUGUCAUAUUUUAAGCAGCCAAAUAUCCUGAAACUGCAUAAGUGAAAAUCUUACAACAGGUUUAUGAAUAUAUUUAAGCAACAUCUUUUUCACCUGCGAAAUCUGUUCUAACAUGUAAUUGCAAAUAGCUUUGACUGUCUUCUGAAUAUUUUAUCUUUCCUUGGCUUUUUCCUUGCUUCCCCUUUUGCCAAUCUGAACACCCAACUUGAAGAUUAUGUUUUUAAAAUGGUUUGUCCUGAUGCUUCUUUUGCCUAAUUAAAACUCUUUCAAAACAGGA